AUUUGGAACGACUAUAUUUGAAACGGAGGGAGUAGACAAACUAGUUGAGCAGGGGUCCCGGAUCCGACUGCGACGUUACAACUGCAGUGAUCGUCAAUCUCUUUAUGUCGAGAGAUCGUCAUCGUCGAUCUGACCUUCCCAACCUACCAACCUUAGCCGUAGGCUCGUAGCUCGUAGCAACCUAGUAUCUGGGUCCCAGGCCUGAUUGUUUUCUUUGGCGUCCUUUUUUAUUUUAUUUAUUUACUAAAAAAGAAAAACAAGACCAAGUCUAUCAUUGAUAACGCUUUCCUCACCCCUCUGCCCUCUCUGUCCCGAGCGAGGUCAGCCGAUCAGGUCAUCAUCAGCGCGGACUUCACUAGCGAAGUAGCGAUACAGCAAUGGCUACUCCGACCGUCGUCUUGGUGCCCGUCUGGGGCAUCGGCCACUUCGUGCCGAUGCUUGAGGCCGGCAAGCGGCUGCUCGCACGCAGCGCCCGGCCCCUUACCAUCACCGUGCUCGUGAUGCCGGAGCCCAUGUCGAAGCGGGCGUCCGAGAUCGCCGAGCACAUCCGCCAGGAGGAAGCCUCCGGCCUCGGCAUCAUCCGCUUCCACCACCUCCCCGCCGUGGAUCCCCCCACCGACCACUCGGGCAUCGAGGAGUACAUCUCCCGGUACGCGCAGCUGUACGCGCCCCAAGUCAAGGCGGCCGUCGCCGCCCUGACGUGCCCGGUGGCCGGCGUCGUGGUCGACAUCUUCUGCACGACGCUGUUCGACGCGGCGCACGAGCUCCGCGUGCCGGCCUACGUGUACCUGAUCACCAGCGCCGCGAUGUGCGCGCUCCUGCUGCGCUCCCCGGCGCUCGACGAGGAGCUGGAAGCCGAGGUCGAGUUCGAGGAGUCGGAGGAGGGCGGGGUGGACGUGCCCGGGCUCCCGCCGGUGCCGGCGUCCUGCCUACCCACGGGACUGGAGAACAGGAAGAUCCCGACAUACAAGUGGUUCGUGUACAACGGCAGGCGCUACAUGGAAGCCAGCGGCAUCGUCGUCAACACCGUCGCCGAGCUUGAGCCGCGCGUCCUCGGCGCCAUCGCUGAUGGGCAGUGCACCCGCGGGACCCGCGCCCCUUCGGUGUACACCAUCGGGCCGGUGAUCCCCUUCACCCCGUCCACCGGCGAGAAGGCCGCAGCACACGAGUGCGUGCGGUGGCUCGACUCGCAGCCACCGGCCUCCGUGGUGUUCCUCUGCUUUGGAGGCACAGGCUCCUUCACCGCGCCCCAAGCGCACGAGAUAGCACACGGCCUGGAGCGCAGCGGGCAUCGCUUCCUGUGGGUGCUGCGCGGGCAGCCUGAGCCCGGCACGAAGCUGCCCACGGACGGGAACCUCGUCGAGCUGCUCCCCGCGGGUUUCUUGGAGGAGACAAAGGGGAGAGGCCUGGUGUGGCCCGCGAAGGCUCCGCAGAAGGAGAUACUCGCCCACGCCGCGGUGGGAGGCUUCGUCACGCACUGCGGCUGGAACUCGAUCCUCGAGAGCCUUUGGCACGGCGUGCCGAUGGUUCCAUGGCCGCUCGGUGCCGAGCAGCACUACAAUGCGUUCACGCUGGUGGCCGACAUGGGCGUCGCCGUGCCCAUGGAGGUAGACAGGAAGAGGAACAACUUCGUGGGGGCGGGCGAGCUGGAGCGAGCGCUCAAGGCACUCAUGGACGACGGUGGCGAGGCCGCAAGGAAGGUGAGGGAGAGGGCCAUGGAAAUGAAGGCUGCGUGCCGGAAGGCCGUGGAGGAGGGUGGGUCAUCCAGCGUGGAGCUGCAGAGGCUCUGUGAGGCGCUGGUCGUUGGCGCGGUGCUGCCGACAAAGUGACGCCGAGUUGCCGACAGAGUUCGGUGGCUUCUGUCCAUUUCUUUCACGGCAUCAGCAUUCAAACAUCGAAUGACGAUGUAGUCCAUGUAAUCUGUUUUCAGUAAUCGCCCUCCUGAAGCUCACGUUGAUUUGUUUAUCAGGCCCACAGCUCGAACCAUUGAUUUUAUGUACGGGCCAGAGCAAGAAAUUUCAUCAAUAACAGGAUUCAAAUGGGAAAAUGCGAUGUAGUAGCUGAAAA